AUUCGUUUCGUUCAUAUCGGGCAUUUGCACGUUUCAUUUGAAAUCGCGUGAUCAUGGUCUAAAUAGGAAGUAAAUUGUUACCGAGUAUGGACUGAAUCUAAUGCUUGACCUCACAUGUUUCAAUUACGGACGAUAUCAAACGCCUACUCGGCUUGCAAUGUAACUAAAUUGGCUCAAUCUUUACUACAUAGUCUUUGUACGUUGAACCAAAAGACUUAUUGAUCUCACAAAGUGAGUCAUAUUGUAGUAUUUAAGGUCUGAAAUGUGCUGUGUGGUUGCUUAGUGAGUCAGUUUGGAAAUAAGAAGAAAGAUUUUAUUAAUUUUGUAUGAACAUUGUGAAUUGUAUAACAUCUAGACAUACUCUUCACUUUGCACAUAAGUCUAUUAAAUUUAGUAAAAAAUAUAUACUCUAUUUAUGUUUGAAUUUAUUUAAUAGAUACAUAAUUAGCAAUACUCUUUGGUGUAAAUAAUGUCUCGCUCCCGCCCUCAAUGGCAACUUCAAGCCCUUGCUGCUCAGCGUCGAGACAACGAACUUCGUCGUGCAGAGGAAUUAAAAAAGGUGGCCAAUUAUUUUGAAGCUAAUACAAACAAAUCUCGCCAUCAUGAACAAUGGACCACAGAAGGAUACUAUGAGAAAGCCAACAAAGAGGCUGAAAUGCUCAGUCAAAGAAAAAUUCGAGCUGCACAUUUAGAGGAACGUCGAAAAAAACUAGAGUUAAUGUUAUUUCAAGAGAAUAUGCAGUACCAGCAGGAACUGAAGACAUUAGCAUCACAGCCUAAAUAUUACAAAAAUGGGUCAUAUUUGAACAAAGUGCCGACGUCUACGCUGCAAGAAAUAAACCAGGGUAUUAUAGAGAAGGAGGAACAGCUUCGAAGACAAGAAGCGGAACUGAAGCUUCACCAUGCGUGGCGCUUGCGGCAACCGGAACUCCGAGCGGCCAGCUCGUAUAUUGCUAAUGGAAAAUUGAAGUCAGCUUGGAUGGAACAAAUAGUAGAAAAAGAAAUGCAGAAGAAGAAAGAAGAGGAGGAAGCACGAAAAAUUUUGCAGGAACGCGACGAGGCGCUUCGACGACAGAUACAAGUCGAAGAAGAGAGGCUAAAAGAGAAAGAGUUAAAAAUGAAGGAACUCCGUGAAAGCCUUGAAGGACAAAUUGCAGAAUUAAGCGAAAAAGAAACAGCUGUAAAAAAAUUGCGAAUAAUGGAAGAAAAAGAGAAACUUGUACUUGACGAGCUGAAGUUCAUAUCGAGCGAACGAGAGAGAGAACUGGCGAGAUUGAGGGCGGAGAGAGAAGCGACUAUCAUUAAUAUGGGUCUCCAUAAAUAUAAGUUAAAGAGAAAAGUCCUCUCCGUUCUGAAGGAAAUUGAGUUAGAUUUGGAAAUGUUGGACAAAAUGAAGAAGGCCGUUUUAAAGGACUACGAAAAUGAACAAGACAAAUGUGCUAAUCACAAGCGAGUGCUCGACGCGGCCCUCUCUGAGUUAGAAGAGUACAGAGAGAGGGAGAGACAGAGACAAAAGAACAUAGAAGCGAUGUAUGACGGUGAAGCUAGGCAGAUCAACGAGAAACAAGAUAAACUCUGGGCCAAAGAACGUCAAGCCCGUGCAAUACUCAUGGAGGAAGUGCUAUCAACUCUUCGGAGACAGGUCGAAGAGAAAAUUGAAGCGAACAGACAGCGGCAGAAGGCCAAUGUUUUAGAGCGUGAGAAAAUAUUGGAGCAAAUGGACUCUUUCCACCAAGAGGUUCAGGCUAAAGAAAGGGAGACACAGCUAAAAAACAGUGCAUACUCGACGGUGACAGCGUUGCAGUCGCAGCUAAACGGAUUGCGCGUACAGCAGCAGCAGCUGGAGGAACGUCACGCGCGCGAGCAGCAACUACGAGCCGCGUGCGCCCGCGAGCGAGACGUGUGCGCAGAGAUUGCGCGCAUGCAGCGCCGCGGGCAUAAGCAGGCUUGGACGUAACCUCCGUACUCUGUAGUAGUUCUAGAUUAAAAAUGUCCAGAUAGGCAGUGUAAACAUUUAUAUUAGAGCGACAUAGACAAACAGGGAUGUUCACGUAUACAAUAUAAGCUCGAAAAGGAUUUGAUGGGUGUUUCAACAAAAUAAACUGAAUUAAUGAGUAUGUUUUGAAGUAGAAUUAAUUGUCAGCGAAUGGAAUUGGCGGCAACUACUGGCAAAAUCUCUCAAGACGGAGGCUUAUGUUCAGCAGUGGACUGGCCGAUAUGGUGAUGAUGAUGAUGAACGAAAUUAGAGUUAAAUAUGCUGUAGAUGGAUAUAACAAGUUAUUUUGUGGUACAUUCGGAUUUAUAUUGCAGCUUAUCGUAUGAUUAACGUUAUAAUCGACUUGAAGAGCACUUUCUGUACAGUCAAACAGAAAUAUUGAAUGUCAUUCAGUUAUUUUGAAAGUCGUUGUUGGUAAACUUCUGUAUGAAGGUUAAGGCACGUAACAUAGGUUUAAUUGUUUGAUUUAAUGUCUGUGAUAGAUGUUAAUAGUUUUAUACUAGACAAGAAUGAAAUAAUAACAGUAUUUAGUUUUAAAAAUGUUCUCGCAAACUAAAAUUAUCCAUUAGACGAUGCCCUCCUGAAUUUAAGGAGUUCCGUAAAUAAUAAGUAUUAUAUUGUAUGAGGUUUUUGUGAUUUUUCCUUGAAAUCUUGGACGCAAUAAUUACGUGCAAUAACUUCACGUAGUGACAGGACCUAUUUUUUUUUUAACAAAUGGUUUCAAGACGAAAACUACUUUUUUCAAUAAAAUUGUAGGCAAUAAAAUAUAUUGUACUCUCAGGUAAAUGAUUUUAUAGUACUGUUCUGUGAAAUACCAUUGAAAAAAAAAUUUUUUUAACAUCUUUCUAUUGAAAUGUAUCGCUUUCAUAUUAGACUUACAUUGUUAGUUUGAAUUGAUAUUAAAAAAAACACAUACAUAUACUCACGAGUGUAAUCUCAAAUGAAGUAGUUAGAGCAAUUUAAUGCCAUAUAUAAUUUUAUAUAAAGUAUUAUAGAUUAAAUCAACUGUGUGCAUUAUUUUGUGGAUUUUAUAAAUAUGAUAUGAAAGUAACGAAAGACUGAUCAAACGGUGAGAAUAAGUGAAGAUGUCUUUAUUGCACUUGGAUGUAGUUUAAGAAUAUGCAAUAGAGGUCAUUUCUCUAAACCUAUCUCUAAAUUAAAAUUUCCAAUUGAUCAACCAACGAAAUCUUUAGUUUAAGGAUCAAUAUGAACUAACUUUCUAACAGAUUUUAAAGUGACUUAAAAAAGUAGGAAGUUUCCAAUUUGGUUGUAUUUCCUUUAUGUUUGUCACCUCAUAGCUCCGUCAGUUAUAAAGCGAUUUCAUUUUUUUUAUGUAAAAGGAUAUUCUUAUAGAUUGGUUCCAAAGAAAUUUAAUCAAAAUCGGUUUAGUAAUUUAAUUUUUAAAUCAGAAUAACUGAUAUUGAGUUGAAGUUGCGUUUUUUUUGUGGAACACACAACUUAUGGUUAAAAUUAUUUGGUUUUUAGUUUACGAUGGUCCCUAAAACCGUAAUUUUGCGAAAUUAUCUGAUAAUAAGUCGAGUCUGGGGAUUCUUGGCGUCGAUAUAUCUAGCGACGUCCAGUUUUGCGGUCAUCUGGAGGAAAAAGCUAAGAUAGCUUCCAAAAAGUUGGGGGUGCUCAAUAGGGUGAGACGGUAUUUCACGCCAGAAAACCGCCUGAAACUGUAUAAAGCUCAAGUGAGGCCACAUAUGGAAUACUGUUCUCACCUGUGGGCAGGAACGCCACAGUACCAACUCCUUCCGUUAGACCGUAUUCAAAGUCGGGCAGCUCGAAUUGUUGACGAUCGGCGUCUUACUGUCCGGCUCGACCCACUGAAACUGCGUAGAGAUGUUGCAUCUCUGUGCAUCUUCUACCGAAUUUAUCAUGGGGAGUGCUCUGAUGAAUUGUUCAGAUUGAUACCUGCUGCUGAUUUUCACCACCGUACAACCCACCAUAAACUAAAAUUUCAUCCCAACCAUUUGGACGAGUAGCGGUCCUCCACCGUGCGUUUUUCAAGGCACUUUCUUCCACGCACAACCAUUCUUUGGAAUCAACUUCCAGCAACAGUAUUUUCGAACCGAUACGACAACAUAACCUUCAAGAAAAGAGCAUAUUCCUUUUUAAAAGGCCGGCAGCACACCUGCAAUGCCGUAGGUGUUGUGGGUGACCAUGGGCGGCGGUAGUCACUUACCAUCAGGUGAGCCGCAUGCUCGUUUGUCCCCUGUGUUGUAAAAAAAAAUAAUGAAAAUAUUCGGUUAAGAGAUGGGUUUAGAGAGCGCCUGAUAAUCGUAUCAUUAAGUUGGUAUAACCUUAUUUUUAUAAGAGGCCUACUGAACUUUUGUAGAAAAAUCGCAGAACAAACAGUGAUAGUAUUGAGAGUUAUUAUACACAUAUAUAGAUUGUAAGGCUAAGUGUGUUGAAUAAAACUGUAAGUAUUUUGAUUAA